AUGGACCUAUCAUGCGAAAUUGUGAACAAAAGUGAGGCGCACAUACCAUCAGAUUCGGACUCCAUCGAGAAAUUUAAUGAACUGCUUAAUACUAUCAAUUUGUGGCGUAACGACAUGAAUUCUAACAUAAUGAGUAUUAGAGACGAAAUUAAGAAUGAUAUGAACUCUAACUUUAUGAGUAUUAGGGAAGAAAUUAAAAAUACCUUAAGUGACAUCCAAUCUGAAAUUAAGUCUCUACGAGAGGAGCAAGCCACCCUGAGACAAAAUGUUUCUAAUAUAAACAUAGAAUUAUCGUCCCUUCAAAACUCCAUUCAAUUUCAAUCUGACGAACAUGGUACUUUGAAACAUAGAGUCGAUGAAAUCGCACGUGUUGCUGGUGAACAGACCACAUCAGCAACUGCAGGACUACAGUACAGAAUCGACUCCCUGGAACAACAAGCCAGACAGACAAAUGUUGAAAUCUGUAACGUACCGGAGCGUAGAAAUGAAAACCUUAUAGGUAUCAUCGAAGCCAUUGGAACAGCGAUCCGCUUCCCCAUUUCAAAGGCAGACAUUGUGUCGAUACAUCGGGUUCCUCACGCACACAGCACAAAUGAUAGACCUAAAAACAUCAUUGCUAAAUUCAGCACACGUAUACAGAGGGACAAUAUAAUUGCAGCAUAUCGUAAAGCAAAAUCACUGAGAGAGAAAGACGACAGUCCAGUACUGGUCAUCCGAGGAGAAGACGACCUCAAAAAACUUCGAAUCACUAAAAAGAAGUGA